CUAACCGAUUGACAUAACCAGCUCUCUAAAAACUGAACAUACCCAAAACAUAACCGAUACCCAAUCGCUUCGCCUAACGGAACACGCGCUUUGUAUCUGUGUAUCAACCGAAUAUUUGUGCCUGUGUGAACAUGAGGACACACUAAACAAAAAGUGACAAAAAUCGAUAACUUUUAACUAAAACUCUUAAAAACUAAAAACAAAAAGCCAGUAAAAUGCAUUCCGUGGAAGACAUGUUGGUGGAGAAAAACUACAGCAAGUGCCCGCUGAAAAAGCGCCCGGUUAAUUACCAAUUCGAGGCGCCACAAAAUCACAAUAAUACCCCGAAUGAACCGCAGGAUCUGUGCGUGAAGAAAAUGGAAAUCUUGGAAGAUAAUCCCUCCGAGGAGCUGAUCAAUGUCAGCGAUUGCUGUGAGGACGAGGGUGUAGAUGUUGAUCACACCGAUGAUGAACAUAUCGAAGAGGAGGAUGAGGACAUCGACGUCGAUGUGGAUUCCGAUCCUAACCAGACACAGGCAGCGGCUCUGGCUGCUGCAGCUGCCGUGGCCGCCGCUGCUGCCGCCUCCGUGGUAGUACCCACACCCACUUACCCUAAAUAUCCCUGGAACUUUCACAUGUCCCCGUACACCGCCGAAUUCUACAGGACCAUCAACCAGCCCGGUCAUCAAAUUUCACCACUCCGUGGCGAUAUCAUUGCACCCAGUUCGCCGAGUGAUUCGCUGGGUUCCCUGUCGCCGCCACCACACCACUAUCUUCAUGGCCGCGCAAGCUCCGUUUCUCCGCCAAUGCGAUCGGAAAUCAUCCACAGACCCAUUGGCGUACGCCAGCACCGUUUCCUGCCCUAUCCACCCAUGGCCGGCUAUCCCAAUCUCGGUGGAUAUACCCAUCAUCAUCAUGCUCCGAUUUCGCCGGCCUACUCGGAGAGCUCCUACUACUCCAUGCGCUCGAUGACACCGGAAUCCAGCUGCAGUUCCUCGCUUCCGGAAGACUUAUCCCUUAAGCACAAGAACCUGAAUGUGAAGACUAGCCAGCCCGCAGAACUGGUGGCAGCGAAGGCAGGGGAAAUCUCGACAAGCCCGAUCGCCUCUGCCAAAAAGGACAAGAGCCAGCCACCGCGUUACCAAUGUCCGGAUUGCCAGAAAUCAUACUCCACCUUCUCGGGGCUGACCAAGCACCAGCAGUUCCAUUGUCCCGCCGCUGAGGGCAACCAGGUGAAGAAGUCCUUCAGCUGUAAGGAUUGCGACAAGACCUAUGUUUCUUUGGGAGCUCUGAAGAUGCACAUUCGCACCCAUACGCUGCCCUGCAAGUGCAAUCUGUGCGGAAAGGCCUUCUCCCGACCAUGGCUCCUGCAAGGACACAUUCGCACCCAUACGGGCGAGAAACCCUUCAGCUGCCAGCAUUGCCACCGGGCCUUUGCUGAUCGCUCGAAUCUGCGAGCCCAUCUGCAGACCCACUCGGACAUCAAGAAGUACUCCUGCACCAGUUGCUCGAAAACCUUUUCGAGGAUGUCCCUCCUAACCAAACACUCAGAGGGCGGCUGUCCUGGAGGCAACGCCGGAUCCUCCAGCAGUGAACUCAACUACGCCGGCUAUGCCGAGCCCUAAGGCGAUCUUAGAUAGGCUGUAUAUAUAUAGCUGAGAUCCCAGCCAUGUUCCACCAAAAAUUAGUUCCUAGCUCUCUUAGGCGGCUCCAAGUUCCCGAAACUCCCAGUGCAGACACACAACUUCAAGCAGAAUUUCACUUAUUUUUAUUUUCUAGUCAGCAUUUUCUCUUCGCAAAGAAUGAGAAAAUUAAAAAUUACAUUUUAAUUUGUAUCCCCCCACAAAGUACUUUUGUAACACUCCCAAAAUUUGUAUAAUUUGAUCCAUACUAGAUUGUGUGCCCAUUAUCCUAAAGAUGAACUUUGUAAAGUAUUCUACGAUUUAUCCUGUACAUAAUGUAUUAUGUCUAACUGUAGACUCUAAGCUGAACAAAUGAAACGCCAGACAAUCGUAUGCAAGACAUAAAACAUCUCUCUAUUUUUAUAUAUAUAUAUAUACUAUAUAGUAUUUUUAGCCUAGCUUUAGAUCGUAUAAUAUUUUUGAUAUGACCACUACUUUUUCGCAUAUACAUUGAAAAUGUUCUACUUUAGGCUAAGUCAGGUUAAGCGGACAACACAUAUUUUGAUACGAAAAUGUUUUGUAAUUCUAAGUAAUUUAUUGCAUCAAGCGCAGAAAGAGGAAAAUACAUUUUAUUUACAUAC